UUACGUCACGAACGGAGCCGUCUCCUGUAAACAUGGCGUCCGUAACCACAGCCACCUCGGAGUGGAUCCAGUUCUUCAAGGAUGCUGGGAUCCCUGCUGGUCUAGCUGUCAACUAUGCCGUGUCUUUUGUGGACAACAGGAUCCAGAAGACCAUGCUGAUGGACCUCAGUAAGGAGAUCAUGAUGGACCUGGGCAUCACUGUCAUCGGUGACAUUAUUGCCAUCCUCAAACACGCCAAACAGGUCUACCGACAGGACAUGUGCAAAAUGGCCACACAGGCCAUAACCUCAGGACAGUCCAGCAUUCAGACCGAACUCAGAAGAACUGCAAACACCCCAGCCACACGUAUGAUUGCCAACGCCUUGAGCCACGACUCACCGCCAACCACACCAGCCCAUCACCCGGACAACCGGGCAAUCUCUGUGACCGUGUCGAACAAACAGGCGAAGUGUGGCAAAGCAGUGCUGAGCCGGCCUGCUGACGAUGGGAACGGUCUGCCGGCGAAGCGUCGCCGCGUGACUGCAGAGAUGGAAGGCAAGUACAUCAUCAACAUGCCCAAAGGCACCACGGCACGCACCGCCCGAAUCCUGGCCCAGCAGGCCAAGAAAGGGAGCAAGCGGAUGUCUGUGUUUGAGCGACUGGGAGCCGAGUCCAAAGCCGAUACCACCACGGGCAGCAGCAAGGCCACGGGUGUGUUCAGUCGUCUGGGCCGAGCAGACGGAGUGGAGGAGGAGCAGGGAACAGCAGGAAGGGUUGAUGUAGACGGAGCGGAGGAGGAGGAGGAGGAUGAUAAUAGUGAUGGAGAUGGUUCGGUCCUACAGUAUGCUGGCGUCCUAAAGCGACUCCCUCCCUCCCAGAAGAAAGAGCCUGUGGCCCCCAAGCGGGCCCCCACCACCCUCCGCCGCCUAGGAGUGAAGAUCAAACUCCCCCCUACUGACUCUCCCUCCUCCUCCUCCUCUUCCUCCCCCAAUGGCCUCCCCCCUGCCAAGCGCAGCGUGCUUCAGAGACUGGGUAAACCAAAUGCCUCCCCACCGCCUGCCGACACCCAGGACAGCCGUGUGACCAGCACCAGAAAUAAGGCCCGGCCAGGCCUGGCCCUGGCUAGCCCCAAGGUCAGCAGCAGCACCAGGGCUGGAGGAGGGGAGAGUUUUGGGGCUCAGAUGGACGUAGGGUCAGUCAAUGUCUUUAAGAGACUGGGCAGCAAGAGGACCUAACGCAUAUCAGGCCACGAUUAGACCUAUACCGUUUCAUUAGCUUUAUAUUAUUUGCAUCCAUCCGGAAGGCUAGUUAUUGUGACAUGUUGGUAACAUCACAUAGACAGCUAGCCUGGGUACCAGUCUGUUUGCUCUAACAUUCCCCUCCCUGUCAUGCUAUGUUUAUUAUAUGACACAGAGUACAAGAGGUGGAAUGUUAGCACAAAACAGGUCUGUAUUUUAGGCUUACGGGGGGCUGCUUCUAGGAGUUGGCUCAGUGAUGAAAAGGGAUUGUGGGAAUGCCGGAUGUAAUGUUCACCGUAUCACCUCAGCACUCACCUCCACCGGGCUGUGACUACCGGGUACAGUCCACUUAAGACGUUCAUGCUGUAACACUAGUCCGGCAACAGGCAACAACUGCAACAGGCAAACAACACAUAAAGCAACCUCUUAACCCACAA